ACAUUUCCUCCCCCCUGUGCUGUGUUUUUCAAGGUUCCGAGCUUUUAUGUGUAGCGAUCUUCAUGAUUGAUGUGGAGUCACUGUGUUAUGUAUACAUAUACGAAUAAUUGUGAAUCCAGGUGUUGGAAUUUUGGCUUAGAGGGUGCCAUUUUCUCCGUCAUUUCUGUUUUUGAAUCAUCGGGGCAGCUUUUCAUUUUUCCAGGUAUUAGCUUGCUCUCCCAGACUCGUUGGUUUAAUUGGACUGGAAUUUUGAAGGACUGAUCUUAGUGGUUAGUUGGUGUCUUGCUCUAAACAGCUACACCAGCUUUUUUUCACGCAGUGUGCACAAUAGAGAUUGAUGCAUGGAUUUAGAAGUUCAAAAGCUGGAUGAGUAGUGAGUACCACCUCUGAAAGUGAAGAAAUGAUUAAUUCAAAAGGCAGCGCAGGUUCUGCAUCUAUUGAAGAAGCAUGUGCUAAAGGAGGAAAUGUUCAGCUGAAGAAAGGUCCAUGGACAUCCGCAGAAGAUGCGAUUUUGGUUGAUUACGUAACAAGAAACGGAGAAGGGAAUUGGAAUGCUGUGCAGAAACAUUCAGGACUUGCUCGCUGUGGUAAAAGUUGUCGUUUGCGGUGGGCAAAUCAUCUGAGGCCAGAUCUAAAGAAAGGUUCAUUUUCUCCCGAGGAGGAGCGCCGUAUAAUUGAACUGCAUGCUAAAUUGGGAAACAAAUGGGCACGAAUGGCUGCUGAGCUUCCUGGUCGUACUGACAAUGAGAUAAAGAACUAUUGGAACACGAGAAUCAAGAGAAGACAGCGUGCUGGCCUGCCCAUCUACCCUCCAGAUCUCUGUAUCAGAACCAUAAAUGCAGGCAAACAAAAUGAAGACAUGGGCACAUAUUCAGGUGGGCGGCAUCAUGAUAUAUUACAAAUGAACAAUUUUGACAUUCCAGCUGUGGAGUUCAAGAAUUUGGGACUAAAUCAGUAUCCAUACACUCCACCUGCAAUUAUUGAUAGCAACCUGCUGGGACAAGGUCUGAAGUCUUCGUCCGGUGACAGGUAUUUCAUCUCCCCCGUGCAUCCAUCCAAACGUCUCAGAGGAGUAACAGAGACGGCCUCCUUGCUCCCUGGUGCCGGUGAUCUACCAGCCUGUGAUCCAUACCAGAGUUGCACUUCUCCAUAUUAUUUUGAUCAUCAACAGCCUUUUGGGGUUUCUUCUUCUGAUCAUCAUUCAUUGUUGGGUGGUGUUAUUAACGGCAGCCAUGCCUCUUUAAAUGGCAACUCCUGUUCUUCUCCUGAGCCCUCAUGGGAGAAGAAGCUGGAGCUCCCUUCACUCCAAAGUCACAUGGGUAAUUGGUAUUCAUCACCAGAGUCCAUUGUUGACACAUUGAUUCACUCACCUCCUCCAACCGAAACUAGUCUCUCUCCGCGAAACAGUGGCCUGCUGGAUGCUGUGCUUUAUGAGUCGCACACAAAGAAUAAUAACAAUACUGCUUCUGAUGCUUCCCCGGGCACCAUGCAUGAGAACAAAUCAUUUCAAAAUCUUCAUGAGACUGCAGAAUUGGAAGCAUAUGGAGAUCCAAUCUCUCCUUUAGGUCAUUCAUCUGCUUCGGUGUUCAGUGAAUACACCCCUCCUGUCAAUGGGGACAAGCCCCACCCUGAUGAGACAGUGACAGGGCACAAAGUUGAGGAGUCCAACAAUUCCUAUUGUUUUGAAGGAUUCAAAGUUAAGGAGGAGGACAUGGACUGGUCGUAUCCAAUUCAGUGUUAUGAUGGCAGAAAUGAUGAAUCAAACCAGAAUAUGUUUUCCAGGCCUGACCUCUUUCUUGCUUCAAAUGGUUUUUAUCAUCAGACAAACCACAACAAGAAUAAUUCCGUGCUGAAAGAAGUAUUUGGGGCAGUUCUUUUUGACGAUGUUAGCAGGGAUUGUAAGAACGCGAGAUCCAUGGGCACUCCAUCUGGAGGGUGUUCUUGCACAUGGGAUGCCAUGUCCACCGUCUAAUCAUGUCCUUCCUUCACUUUCAAAGAAAAAGAAAAGGAGUAUUGAUUCGAAUUCUCAGCUUCUCCCUGUGCUGAAAGGAAACAUUACAGGACAAAUAAUGUAACAUUUUCUUCAGCUGAUAAAAUGUGUCGUCCUGCCGUAUUUUCUUCUUCAUUAAAGUUGCACAGCUUCUUCGCAGACUGUAAACAUCAUUCCUCCUGCAUUGAAAACAGAAAAGGUGUAAUGAGUGGAAACCUACAACGGGUUCCUUUGUGAUUUUCAUAUGACAUUUCCAUAAAACUUUUACCUUUGUCACAAAAAAAGAAAGCCUAAGAUUGUUG